ACAGGGCAUUGCAGAGCACGGGCACAGUUGGUAUAGUGAUACAGGACAGUGCAGAGCACAGACAGCGCGCAGUUCAUGUACAGAUACAGGACAUUGCAGAGCAUAGGCAGCACACCGCUUUUGUAGUGAUACAGGACAAUGCAGAGCACAGGCAGCGCACAGCCGGUGUGAUACAGGACACCGCAGAGCACAGGCAGCGCGGGGAAGGAUCAGCUCUGUGUAUCUGGACUGUGUGUUGGCAGCAGGGACGGCGUGUAACCGGAUUACAGCUGGUGACUGGGUGGCAGUGUGGGUGAGUGCAUGUGGCUGGAAGCGCCCUCUGCACAGGGGAUAGGAGACGCCGGCCGGACAGGAUCCUGGAUUACUAGGUGCUGGUCCAGGGGCUUAAAAUAAGAAUCGGACACAGUUUUCUUACCUGAGUUUCAUAUUUGUCUCUCGAACUAUAAUGGCAUGUCUACAUGACACUCGUACACCUUCUCCCUCCUUUGCCAGCCUGUUGUCAGAUGGACCAAUUAGACGCCUGGACAUUGAUACACCACCUGGCUGCACCCCAGAACAAGAACUGACCCCCACACAAUGUGUACUGCGUGAUAUGGUGCGAACAGAAGUUGCACUUCCCAAUGAGGACUCUUCAUCUCCCCUUACAUACAGUGUGCCCCAUGAUCCACAAGAGCCUGAAGACAGAGGUGGUGGUGUCGGAGCAGCAGGAGGCCCUGGAGAAGACAGGCCAUGUAGGGCGCUCGGAGAGGGCCGCAUGCAGUGUCAAGCUGGUGUUGGGUUCUUGGGUGGACUUUUUGGCUGUUUGAGGCCUGUUUGGGCCAUGAUUGGAAAAACCUAUUCUACUGAACACAAGCAGCAAGAAGACUCGUGGGAAGUCCCCUUUGAGGAGAUUCAGGACCUGCAGUGGGUGGGCAGUGGUGCCCAGGGAGCUGUCUUCCUGGGAAUGUUUCAUGGUGAAGAAGUGGCAGUGAAGAAAGUCAGAGAAAUAAAAGAGACAGACAUCAAACAUCUGCGGAAACUGAAACAUCCAAAUAUCAUCACCUUCAAGGGUGUGUGCACUCAGGCUCCUUGCUACUGUAUCCUAAUGGAGUUCUGUGCCCAAGGGCAGCUGUAUGAAGUCCUACGUGCAGGGAGGAAGGUCACCCCCUCCUUACUAGUGGACUGGUCCAUGGGUAUAGCAGGCGGAAUGAACUAUCUGCAUCUCCACAAAAUUAUCCAUCGAGAUCUCAAGUCACCUAAUAUGCUGAUCACUUAUGACGACUUGGUAAAAAUAUCAGAUUUUGGUACUUCCAAAGAGCUGAGUGACAAGAGCACUAAAAUGUCCUUUGCGGGAACGGUAGCCUGGAUGGCGCCAGAGGUCAUACGCAAUGAGCCUGUCUCUGAAAAGGUGGACAUCUGGUCUUUUGGAGUGGUCCUGUGGGAGCUGCUAACUGGGGAGAUACCCUAUAAAGAUGUGGAUUCCUCAGCUAUCAUAUGGGGUGUGGGCAGCAAUAGUCUGCAUCUCCCUGUACCAUGCAGUUGUCCCGAUGGGUUUAAGCUUCUCCUGCGACAAUGCUGGAACAGCAAGCCAAGAAACCGACCCUCAUUUCGGCAAAUUCUGCUACACUUAGAUAUUGCCUCAGCUGAUGUUCUAUCAACCCCACAAGAAACAUACUUCCAAUCACAGGCGGAGUGGAGGGAGGAAGUGCGGCUGCAUUUUGAGAAAAUAAAGUCAGAAGGGACAUGUCUACAGCGUCUGGAAGAGGAGCUGAUAUCUCGCCGCCGCGAGGAGCUCCGACAUGCUCUAGAUAUCCGAGAGCAUUAUGAACGCAAGUUACAGAGAGCUAACACCCUCUACGUGGAACUGAACUCUCUGAUGCUGCAGCUGGAGUUGAAGGAACGGGAGUUACUGAGGAGAGAGCAGAUCAUUGAAAAGAAAUAUCCAGCCCUCCUGCGGCAGCAGCCUCGGCCAUCAAGCACUGUGGAAAAACUUAUCAAAAAGAGGAAUGUGCCGCAGAAAUUAUCGCCACAUGGAAAAAGGCCAGACAUACUGAAAUCUGAAGUCCUCCUGCCUAAAGUUGACUCUGCCUUGUCCCCAUCAACACCAACGGGCUGCCAGAAACUGCCACCUUCUCCAGGACGUGGUCGCCGGGGAAAACCUCGUUAUCGUAAAGCAAAGGAAAUGGUCAACCUGAGGGCAGCAGUGACUCCCGAGCCAACUCCCCAGAACCAGCCACCCCCACGUGACCCGCACCCUUUAUCCUCCUCCAGUCCAGACCUGUUAUGUACUCCUUUAGAGGCGGAAGCUCGCAGAGGCAGCCAGAGUGCCGAAUGCUCUCCUGUUCGCUCCCUUCCUGGACCACCAAGCCCAGACUCCCCAUCUGGAAAGGGAACAGGGGGCAGAGCAGCUAGAGCAGGACAGCACUUGACACCUGCAGCUAUGCUGUACAGAGCAGCUGUCACCAGAAGUCAGAAGAAAGGUCUGUCCUCCGAGGAGGAAGAGGGGGAGGUGGAUAGUGAGCUGGAAAUGGAGAGGAGACAGAGGUGGCAAGCAGAGAUGUCCCAACACCAGUCUCCCAGCUCAGAAAACCUGUCAGAUGGAGAAGAAGGGAAUACCACAGACCUCUCCCACAGCGUCACCCCAGAUGUGCUCAGCACCAACACAGAUGAACGCCCCGAUGAGCGCUCCGAGGACCUUGUAUCUCAGAGCUCAGAACCUCCCCUGGAUCUCCUGACCCAGUCUGAUGGGCUCUCAGAGAAAGAAGCUGUUGUCCAGAAGGUGAAAUCUCAGCUCAGCAAUGAACAAACUGCAGGAGAGAAUGUUAUUCUGUGCGAUGAUUCUGACUGCGACAGCACUGAACUGGACCAUUCGCUGGCUGCAGCAACCUCAUGAUGCCAGAGUAAAGAUACCUCCUGACUGUAUAUAGAGGAAUAUUUAUAUAAAUAAUAUCUAUAAAUAUAAUACAUAAUAUGUGAAUAGACUGAGCCAUCCCCCCCUUCCCAAACUUACACUUCCCCACCUCUCACACUCAAUGGUAACACACACAGACCCCGCUGAUUUAGCAGGGGAUCAAGGUUUGGAUGCACUGAAAAUAAAGGCCUGCCCUUCAAAGCAGAGAGAGACAAUUAUAUUCUUACCCUGUCUAUCUUUACUGACAGGUGAGGAGUUAACGUGCACAGAAUGAAAUCCUUGCCUCCUUUCUGUGUGCUACUGCAGGGGGCAGUGUGGUGUAAUCUGACAAAUUGCCUCCAGUCCUCAUUGAACGACUUCAGGUUUUAAGAUUGUCACAGUUUAAAGAUAGGUGGUUCAAUCACUGUGGGGACCAGUUUGCUGCACCACUACACCUAAAAUGCAAGUUGUUCCAGAUUGUAAAGUCAUCUUGUAACGUUCACAAAUUUUGGGGCUUUUGAAUUUUAGUGGUUUGAAAUUGCAUGCCUCAUUUGCCGUCUGCAAGUGGAAGAGGGUCUUUCUCCCACAUCCGAUGGAUGUCCUCUUGUAAUUGGGCCUAUUGUCUUUAUAUAUGUAUAGGAAAAAGAACACAGAGCCACAGAACACAGAUAACUUCAUUUUUGACAGGUUCCUGAUAGUCUUACAUAAGCAUUUGAGAAUGUUUUCAGAAGAUAUUUCAUAUAGAGCAACUUUUGAUUUAGAUUUCAUUUUAGAGGAGCAUGACAUCUAAAUACAAGUUGGUUUAUGUAAAUAAGUAGCUUCUAAUAACAUUCAGAUAGCCUGCCUAUAGCUGUAGAUUUAAUUCUGUAUAUUUAAAUAAAUCACUGCAUGUAAUAAUCUCCGGAAUUCCAGGGCCUGUGACCAUGGACAGCUACUUACCAUUGUACUAUCAAUGUUGGAAAUGAUGAGCAUACUGUAAACCAUUAUUUCAAUGGAAUGUAGGGUUGGCAUAGUAUCUUUUUGUAAUCGUCCAAGAGAAGUGAGAUGCCCCCAUCUGUUUUCUAUGCAGCAGUGCGAUAUGUAUAUUUUCAUAUGCAUCACAGUAUCAUGGUAUUAGUUGACAAUCUUUAGUAUCUAGAAAGCAGUUUCCAGACAGUGUCCCUUUCCCAGAAGACUUUGUUUUUAUUAAUUGUGACAUAAUGGAGCUUAAUUGGCCAUCACAACUAACAUGGAUGUGGAUCUAAUCUGAAAAUGUAUCUUGUAACAUUCACAACCGGCUAUCUAAUAUUGCUUGGGGCAGAGAACAUGGAAACUGUAAUUCAUUAUUCCUCUUUCACCCUAUCUGGGGGACACUGCAGACUGUGGGUUUAGUAUGGAGGCUCCUCAGCCUCCCCUCCACACCCACAGUCUGCAGUGUCCCCCAGAUGGACUCCGAGGAAUUGAUUUUACAGUGAGUACAAAAACAACUUUAAUUUGGGGAAUAGGUCAGCAAGGAGGUAGAUAGAUUACCUAGAGCAAGUAUUCAUUGGACUAUAGCCUAUCAAUGUGAUAGGAACAGAAGUGUCUAUAUUCUGAAGACCAGACUGUACCCACGCUCCCAAGAUGGUGACACCACUACCUCUUCAGUGGAAAGUGUAGCAUAUAAAGUAUUCACAAUGACUGGGGCAUGAGAGGUAUCCAUGGAUAGGAAUGAAUGAAUCCACUGAGGCAGGGUGUUCAUAGAGAAUUAAUAGGCUUAUUCUUGUGAAUAUUGGUUCACUCACAAUGCCACACAUGGGGAGGGGACAGGGGUGGUGGGGACCCCUUAGCUGUUGGCCCCAUCUUGGCCAUAUAUAUGGCUCGUGUCUGCCGGUAAUGUUAGUGCAGGCUGAAUAUGAUGUCACUCACAGUUAGGUUAUAUAUGACUGUUAGGUGAGUCCAGAGCUACAGUUUUCUGCUGUAGAUUUGCCGGCAGAAAGCACUAGCUCCACAGACCACUGCCUUGUCUCACAUAUAUUUAGCUCUGGCGAAUGCCAGAAUUAUUUACAGAAAUAUUUGUGAAUGUUACAAGUGACUCUUUUAUGUAAACCAGAAUGGAUUUCAUGUUUUAUUGAUCCUUUAAUAGGUUCCGCAAGUCACUCUGUGCAGCAACAUCUUGUUUGAAAUUCCUAUUGGUGCUAAACUCUGUUAAUCCGUCUCUUGCAUGAAAGGCUUCACCGAGAUCCAUUUCUUUUCCCAGUCAGGAGUAGUGAAGUUUCCCUGUGAGCUACACAGAGUGGGGGCAGCUAUAUUGUGGAAUGAACCAAAAUUAACCAAUAAUGUCUCCUGUUCCCUGUAAAUCAUACUUCUUAUCAUUUACUGUUGGGGAAAUGAGAUAUGUGCGAGUGUGCACAAGAAGAGGUUAUGACCGUGCGCCACAGAGGUGUAACCAGUGCUUCCAUCACACUAGACCAUCCGCAUCCUGUCCCUACGCAGAGCAGCAGUGAAUGGAACAUAUAUCCUCAGCUGCCGGUUGGACUGUCCUGAUCAGGAAGGACAGAGCCUCAGGUUGGAUAUUGUCCUGCCUAAAGCAGGGCAUUUAGGAGGCAUGGUAAAUUGAUAGACUACAUCAACAUGAAUACUGGUUCACUUCACAGAAUAGCUACUUCCACUGUGUGCGACGUAUAACAGGAACUUAUAAGUGAAUACAGUACAUUGUGUAUGGAUCCUGGACAGCUUGCUGUAACGAGCAAGCUAUGCUGGAGGGCGAUGCACUCUGUGACUUUCUUGCAAGAAUUUGGGUAACAGGGCAAAUUUCAGUGAAGGGUGCUAAGGCAACAAAGAUGUUCAAGGUGCUAUGAUGACAUUUUAGAGGUACAUAAUAGCUAAGUGAAUUACAAUUUAUUUACGGCUAGGAAUGUAGCACUUAUUGAGCAAAAUAAAAAGGGAAAAAAUAAUAUAUUGGGGCAUGAGGCAUUUAGAGUGCAAUGAAAACUGUUACCGGUGAUGGUACUUUGUCUCGUGGAUUAUUUAACUCUAUAUUAUCGAGCACUGGCCUGCUACUAUCCGAUAACUUGUCCUGUAAGCUAAGCUACAAUACAUCAUCGUAAUCUACUAUAUAUACUAUCCCUGUUGGUUUAGGACACUCUAGACCUGGGAUUCUCAACCUGUGGGAGUACCGUCAUUCAGCUCAACCUCCUAGAUUUAACUUAAUAGCAGUUGUAUUUUUAAGAUAUAACAAUUAUAAGGGAACAUUUUUUAAACAUUUCAAGAGGGUUUCUUGCAUGAUUCCUAUCAUCAAUAAAUUUACUGACAGUCAGUAAGAAAUAAGUAAUUUUUUUGAAUAUCUAUAAAAAAUAAUAAUAUAAUAAUCUAGUGAUGACUACAAAUGUGACAUUCUAUGGACAGUAUGAAAGUACACAUAAUAUUCAUCACUCCAUUGUUGUCUGCCUGAGAAAUGUUGUAAACCAUUUAAUUCCCCAGAAUCCCUUGCUACAUUUUCUAUACAUUUUGGUGUUUCUUGAAUAGUGUGUCAGUAAAAAAAAUGCUGGUAAUCUGGGGCUGAAUGGUUUAUAGAGCUCAAAUAAGGAGAUGCUUGAGGAACAUUCUCAGAAAUAUUGGAGAAUGUGAUUUAAGAAAGAAAAAUGAUGGAGGGCUCCUGCUUUAAGGUUUAUGUCUCUCUUUCUGUAAUCCCUUAGGUGAAAAUAAAAUGUGAAUAUUUAAUAGAAAAUAAUUUAGCUAAACUAUUAUCACACUAUGGGGCAGAUUUAUCAGGAUUGUUUCCUAAAGGCUAAAAAAAUGAUGCUACCUCCCCAUCUACACAAUGCAUACCCCAAGGGUUGUAUUGGAUGAGCCACAUCCCAAGAUGUUUUUGUUCGUUUACAUGUCAGAUUUAUACCAGAUGUCAAAAAUAGCCAAGUCUGCUCAAGACUACACCACAUUGCAAAAAAUCCUAUAUUAUCUUUCUUCAUUUCCUUAUUACCUAAAUAAUAUAUUUAUGUAUAUUUUUAUAAUUUAAUUUUGAUAAAUCAUUUUUAUUGACAUUUUUUUUUAACCUUCAUUAUAACCCAGAAAAUAUUGUUCUGCGCUGUAUGUAUUAUUUAAAUGCUAAACUAUUUGUUAAACAAAAUAAAGUAUAAUCCAGGAAGGAAGCAUUUUGCCACAUACAAGCGUAUCGGCCGCCUGUAAGCCCAGUUGGACUCUCCAGCCUUGGUGUCUCUAGAAGUUCUUUAUGCAUGGGAUAUUAUGUCAAUCUUGGGGCAAGGAAAAUUUCUUUAGAACAGAGUAGUAGAAACAUUUCAUCUAGAAUGUGGUUGUGUCUAGAACCUACUGUGUUAAAGAAUGUAUUUAUUAUUCAAACCAAAGAAAAAACAUAUAACAAGACAAAAUGUAGUUUUAAGAGGGGUUGAUGUAUCAAGUAGUGACAAGAGUAGACAAGUAGCCCGCAACCAAUCAGCAGCGAGGUAGUGUUGAUCAAAUAAAUUAUAUAAAAUGAUAGGUAGAAGCUUAUUGGUUGAUACGGGCAACUUGUCUAUUCUUGUUACUACUUGAGAUAUCAGCCACUAGGGGCCAAAAUGUAAGGCCCCAUUUAUCAACGAGUGAUAAAACUUGUAAGUGAUAAAACUUGUUGCGAGUGAUAAAAAGUGCUACAGUCAAUCAGCUCCCAACUGUCAUUUUUCAAACAUAUGACAGUUAGGAGCUGAUUGGCUGUAGCACAAUUUAUCAUACACAACGAGUUUAUCACUCUUUGAUAAAUGAGCCCCAUAAUAUGUAAUAGUCUGUGAGUUGCGACUUUGCCACUUACGCUGUGAAUCUGCAUCCAUAUUCUCACAUGCUGGGGGCCACCCAGCGCAGGGCAAGGCCGUCCAGCAUGUGUGGCGUUGCCCUACGAUGUGUUAGCAUUCAUCGAAUAGAGGUCAGCCUAGGGGCACCGGCGCCAUGUUUCCAUAUGCAGGAAAGGCAGGCGACGUCAUAGGCCGGCAUCGCCCCUCCCCCUCCUGCUGCAAUCGCAUGGAGAAGGGUCAUGCAUGCGCAGUAUGCCCGCUGUGCAUGCGCAGACCCUAUGGAUGUGGCUGCUGCAUGCGAACGCAUCAGCUGUGUCCAAGUCUAAAUAAGGCCCCUUUAGACAGUAUUUUAUUUUAUGUUUAGGUAAAAAACAAGUUUUUCCUUUCAGUUUUGCGUCUAAAUUCCCAUAAUCACUGUACUUGGCGCAAGUCGCAGACUAUUACAUUUGGCCCUAAGAGUUACAGCAUGUAAUUAUUAUAUAUAAAUGGAGGUUUAAAUAAAAGAAAGAUGAUAUAGAGAGGCAUCCCUCUUGAUUUAUUUCACAGAAUAUGUUUAUUUUUUUUCCCGUUGUCAAACAAAAUUUUAAUUUAAUCUGUUACACCAAAGGUGAUUAAUAAGUCAACACAGCCAUUUUGUGGUCUUGACCAAUAUUUAGCCUUUCGCUAGUUCCUAAUGAAUCGAUAGGCUACAACUUCUUGAAUAUUAGUUCAUCCCACAAAAUGGCUGCCUAGACUGUAUAUAGAUGACAAAUGUACUGUGACUCAUUGCAACCAGUAAGAACAAGGUUUAGAACAUAAAAGUAAACAUCUGACCGGUUUCUACAUUGCACUCCUCCAUUGAUUUUAUUUGAAAUCUACACCAUUCUGAGGAUAGGUCAUUGCUUAUACAAGGAGACAAACCACAGGCUCUAGUUGCAGUUAGGAGCAUGAGAGGACGAUCUCUGCAGCAAUGUGACCACAUAAUUCUGUAUCCUACACUUGCAUCCUUUCUGCUGACUGCCCCCUGUCUCGUACUCUUCUAAACUCUUUUGUAUCUUAAAGAUAAGAACAGACCUGUGUUACACAUGUUAUUUAGGAGAUUUUUACACACUCCCUAUGAAGAUGAAUUCUUCAUGUUACACCCACAGUGCUUACUCCAUACCAGACUGGUGCAUCUUAGUGUGUAUGUAUUAAUGGCAGGACCUCUGCUGCCAGCAACUGACCCUGCACAUUUACCUAUUAAAAAUCAAGCAUUUUGUAUUUAAAA